AAUAUCUCGCUAUAUUCUCAACACAAUCGAUUUGUCGAUUCAGCCGACUGUGUGGUUUGCCGACAUCACGAGUUCGUAGUAUCUUUGUGUUGACAUUGAAAAAAGAUUAUUAUGGAAACCGUUCGACCGUGUGGCUGCAAAGGAAUACGCUCUUGCUUAAUUUGCGAGGCUAAAUAUCAAAUAUUGAAGCCGGAUCUGAAGGAAGUAUUACAGAAAAGCAAAUCUUAUGUUUAUUGCCCAUAUUGUGAUAAAUCAUCACCUGGAUGGGAUAUAGACGAGUAUAAGAAGCAUCCUUAUCAUGAUGGAAAUUUAAUUGACUAUCCUGGUGUUUAUAUCAAAUUAAAUUUCUUAAAUGAAGAUGAGGCUAAGAAACUGAUGGAAGCACUUGAUUAUCUCCCUUGGCAAGCUUCACAGAGUGGUAGAAGAAAACAGAAUUUUGGGCCAAAAUGUAACUUUAAAAAACGAAAAUUACAAUUAGGAACAUUUAAUGGUUUUCCUAAAACAACACAGUUUAUACAAAAUAAAUUUGCGGAAAUACCACUGCUACAUGGUUUUCGAACUGUCGAACAAUGUUCGCUUGAAUAUGAUCCCAAACGAGGUGCCUCUAUUGAUCCUCACAUUGACGAUUGCUGGAUUUGGGGAGAACGUAUAGUAACUGUUAAUAUUCUUGGUGAUUCUGUUUUGACUAUGACACCUUAUCGUGGUUCAAUAAUGCGAUACAACUUGGACUGUGUUUCGAGUUAUAAUUCCAUCUUAGAGAAAGAUUUUUGUAAUAACACACAGAUUAAUAUUGAUGAUAACAUAGUACGAUUACCGAUGCCUGCCAGGUCACUCAUGAUUUUACAUGGUCCAGCAAGAUAUCAAUGGGAACAUUCCAUUCUUCGACAAGACAUCACAUCGAGGCGCGUUUGCCUCGCGUAUCGCGAAUUAACGCCACCCUAUCUUGAAAAUGGAGAAUAUCAUAAAGAAGCUUCUGAGAUUUUGAGGCAAGCUUUAUCAUUCUGGUGAUAUUAUUAUGAAAUAGAUCUAAAUGAUAAAUUUAUUAAAUUUAUUUAAUAUA